ACCUACUGCUUUGAUGGUGUUUGUAUCGAGAUCGAAAGUGGAAGAGUAGAAGUGCUUUCUGUUUUGGUGGAUGGCGGACAUAAUAAUUUUUUGUGAUUGCAGUGAAAGUAUUUAUUGAUAUGUCAGUUAAUCAUUCUUCAGUACUUGAUGUUGAAAUUCUCAACCUCAGGGUGUUGGAGAGAAGUACUAACUAGCUAUCAGGUUAUAAAAUCCCAUCAUUAAUGAAGAUGAACAAAAAAUUGUUCUACGCCAUGUCGCGCAGAAGGGUUUCGGAUCCGCAGAUCACACAACAGUUGUGGGAUGCUAUCAAAACAAUACGCUAUCAACGUCAAGUACCUGAUAUUGAUCGCAUCGCAAAAUAUAUGCUGAAAACAUACAAUGUCAACCAUGAGGAAGUUGUGCGUCAGUUGGGCUACUGCGUUCGAGAUGGUCUGCUCGAGCAAGUCAAACGUAAGGGCUUCAAAGGCUCCAAAGUUGGCGUCGAACAAGAAGGAUACAAACUACCAUCAGAAACUAUGAAGAAAGAUAAGAAAGAUAGCCAUGAUUGGUACUGUUUUGAAUGUCAUCAUGGAGGAGAUGUGAUUAGCUGCAACUCAUGCCACCGCGUCUAUCACUUGGCCUGCAUUGCCAAAGAGGAAUUACCUGAAACUGAUGUCAAACACAAGUUCAAGUGCAAUGUCUGCAAGAUGUGCGAAGAAAGGGACCAAUCUUUCGAGAUAAAGAAGAGCCAACUGAACAGGCUGUUGAGGUGCACUUGCAAUCAUAUGAAGCAAAGGAUGCCUGGCUGCAUAACUGACCGACCAACCGUUCCGAUUGUGACGCCACACGUGACCGACCGCUGGGCUUCGGCCACUCCGCGCCGCUCAGCCUCCGAAGUGCCCAACUCAUUCAAAUGGGUCACCGAUGACAAGGACGAGUGGAGGACGGACUAUCUCAUUCACAGAUAUAUGGAUCUGCCAAUGAUGCAAAGCAAGGCGGAGUCUGGAAAGUAUGAGUACUUGGAGGAGUUCAAAGCCGAUGCACAAACUGUAGUGCAUAAUGUCGUCAUAUUACAUGGAGUUCACAGCAUCAAGGCAGACGAGGCACGCCUGAUGCUGCGUGACUGUUUGCACGAUCUGCAGGAGAUCCGCCAAUGCCGCGACUGUUACCGCUACUCCUGCGACAAGACCAAUCGGCAUUGGUUCUGCAAGCCAUGCAAGCCGCCACACACUCUUGUCUACGCCAAACAAAAGGGAUCUGCUUAUUGGCCAGCCAAGGUUAUAAAAAUCGAUGGCGAUUCAUAUGAUGUCCGGUUUUUUGGAGGCCAACAUGAACAUGUUGUUGUUGACAAAGCCUAUAUCAGGCCAAUAUCAGUCAAUAUUCAUACGCUACAGGUGAAGAAGAGCUCGGCCUGGAACAAGGCCUGCGAGGAACUGAAGAAGCACCAGAAAUUGCUGGACAAAUUGCGCCAAAUCACCAACAACUUCACGCUUCCAGCUCCAGAGAGCUCCAGCUCCAGCGAAGAUGACGACGAGGAGGAGGAGAAGCAAGUCAAGAAAGUAAUUAAGAAAGAAGUUGUGGCUGAGGCUGAAGAUGAGAAGAGUCAGUCCUGUUCAGAAGAGUCAUCAACACUGACAAGCCCUCCAUCGACCGCUUCUGCCGCCAAAGGGAAGAAGAAGAAUGCCAAAAAUAGCAAAACAGCUCCUUCCGUAGCAGAUGAGGAGUCAUCGCCGUCUCCCAAGAGAAAAGUUCGUCAAAAGAGGUCUGUUGAAGUGGCCCCUGUUAAGAUAGAGCAAGAAGAGUGUUCCAUUGCUUCUGAGGACGCCAUAUCUACACCCGAGAACGAUGAAAAAGCAACGACACCUCAACACACGCCGUCAGGAUUAAGAAAACGAGGUCGACCUCCCGGCUCGAAAAAUAAAACGCCAACAAAGAAGAUCUUGUUGGAAGAAGAACCCAAAUCUAAGAAGCCCAAGAAGACUACUAAAAGUAAGAAGAAAGCAUCGAAAGAUGACGACUCAAAGGAUUCUUCGGAAGAGGAGGAUGAGGAAGCCGAUGACGAAGAGGACGAUGAGGACGACGAAGAUGACGAUGAUGAUGAUGAUGAUUCGAGCUCCAAAGAUGUCAAAGAAGAAAAAGAGGAUCUUGAACCGAUGGAAUUGACCGAGGAGAUGAAGAACGAAGAUAAUACUGAGGAUGGCGAAGAUGAAGAGAAUAGUAAAGAUGAGCUGGGACCACCACAAUUGCAACAUGGCCCCUCUUCCAAGAAAGAGAGCCCAAUAUCUUCCACCACUCUUUCUCCUCCUCAUUUAGUCAAGAAAGAGGACGAAGAACUAGAAAUGGUGAGUUCAUCAUCCCAAGAACCACAGGUUAGGAGUGUGGCUAUCCAAGCCAAAAUAUCUGACAAAAAGUCACAAGAGAAACCAAGCAAAGAACUCAUCAGUAGGAAGCAAUGGUGCUACAAUUGCGAGGCAGAGGCGAUCUACCACUGCUGCUGGAACACAGCCUACUGCAGCACCGAGUGCCAGCAGCUGCACUGGCAGAAGGAGCACAAGCGCGUCUGUCGUCGGAAACGCUGAUCCGAGCUGGAAGAUGGUCGCUGCUUGGCCGCCCAACUACCCAACUAUCACCAGUUCAUGCAGAACGAAAUGCAAUCCGACUCCUGCUAAACUCGUGAUUCGGGCGCCAACUGUGUACCUUCUACUUCAUUCAAGAAAUAAGAUGUAGACUCAUGCUAAGACUAUACCCAAUUAUCACCAGUUCAUGCAGAGCGAAUGGUGAAAAUGGUGAACGUGAACGCGGUGAUUUGGGUUCCAACUGUGUACCUUCUACUUCAUACAAAAUGAGAUACAGACUCAAUUUAGAUAGAGGAGCAGGUGUUCGCUUUUCAACAGUGUACCUUCUACUUUAUCGAAAUGAUAUGUAAUCAGAUUCAUGCUAAACUAGUGAUUCGGCCUCAACUGUGUACCUUCAACUUGAUACAAAAUGAGAUACAGACUCAAUUUAGACAGAAUAGCCGGUGUUAGCUUUUCAACAGUGUACCUUCUACUUCAUCAAUCAGCCUCAUCCAGACCAAUAAUGGUUACCUUUAUUAACCAGACUCAUUCAUGCUAAACCUAACUACCGGUAAUUCUGUUUACAACAGUGAAUCCUCUACUUCAUUCAAAAUGAGACACAAACAGAUUUCAUUGAAACAGAAUAACCGGUCAAUUAGUUUCUAACAGUGUAACCUCUAUUGAAAAAUGAGACGCAGACUAUUGAAACCAGUUGAUUGGUUUCCAACAGUGUACCUCCUACUUAGUUCAUAAUGCGAUGCAAUGAGACUCCAAACAGAGCAACCGGUUAUUUGGUGUCCAACUGUGUACCUUCCACUGUAAUUUUAUCCUAUAGCUUUAGUGUUUCUACUACUUAUAUUUGAUGUGAACCGAUGGGGUUGAACAACUGCUAGAGAUAAGUCAGUUACGAGAAUGGCCGUCUUUACAGUUACCGAUUGUCGGCCGACACUCAGAAUUUAUUGUCCUUCGAUUGGCUGAAAAUCAGCUUUUGGUGAGAAUUAGCCAAUCAAUUGGCAAUAGGUUACAUCACAUCAAUAGGACAAUUUCAAGAGUGUCGGCCGACAAUCGGUAAGUGGGAAAACGACCAAUAUGAGGUGUGGUGGAGAAUAGAGUAGGUAGGGCAAAUGCGCUCUGUUUGUUCUGCAAUCUGUUUGACACUAACCUACGGGGCAGCCCACGAUAUUACUUCCCAACCUUAUUCUCGUGACUGAAAUAUCUAUAUAUACUGUUGCCAAAGAUUAGAGGACCUAGAUAGUAACUAUGUAACAUUACUUACAUCAACUUCCAAAAAAUUAUAUUAUCUCCGGAAUGAACUAUGAUUUCAUAUGAAGUUGAUCAACAAUGUAUUAAAAUGAGUAAAUUAGCAGUUCAUUAAUAUUAUAGGACAAUGUUUCUGAAUUUCUCGUCGUCCUUGAACUUUAGUAAUUUAAUUCAGUAUUAGAUUUCCUUAUUUAUUACAGUACAUGUUUUGUGCGAGUUUCAAAACACUGGGUCACAUGUUCACUUUGAUCCUGUAUCAAAUGUAGGAUCUAUCUACUGAAGAGGCCCAGACCCAGUGCCUUGAACCGCUUCCCGGAUUUAGAAACUUGAAGUACUGUUGUAAAUGUGUAAGUUUGAUAGUACUUUGGAUCAGUGGAUCAGUCUAGAACAGUUUAAUCAUUAGGCAGUAUUUUAUCAUUCAGUGUCUAGAAUACGACUAUUUGGCCUACAUAGGAGACUAUUUUAUCAAGAGAGUAUUUUUUUAAUGAAAUUAUUCGCUCCCAACAACACGGCUUCCAGUUUAUUACCAAUCAUGCUGUUGCUCUACUACAUAAAUUCUUAUCUUAGGUUCUAGAAAUCUCGUUUCUUUUAUCACUAUGUCAAGUUUGGAAGUGAACUAACUAUAUGUCGCAAUUGUUUUCAACUCUUACAUUUCUAUAUGUGAGAAACUAUUAGAUUUGCUUUAUUCCACUUUUGGGAGUGAUUGAAAUCCAUUCAGAUUUUGUUUUCAUUAAUAAUACUUGUAAAUUGAAAUAGCAUAGUACCUAUAUAUAGCGUUGUGUCUAUUAUUGCUGUACUAGAUUCAAACUUGUAACUAGUUUCCCUACUAGAGUAGCUAUUGAUGUCAUCCAGUGUAAAUAUUCUUGGAAUCUCAUAUCAUACAGUAAUGAGUAUAAGUGUCUAAAAAGUUAUCCCUACUAUCACAUUAUUUCAUCAUCUCAAUGAGUUGUGAAUGUAUCUGUAAAGUGCACUUACCAAAUUAACCUAAUCCAGAAACUCUGAAUCAAUUUUGUAACUUUUCCAACUUCAAGGAACAAUUUCGUGUACAUGUUAUCUUAUUGCAGAGUCGAAUAGUAGCAAGCAUUCAAAAGGCACUCCAGUUUCAAAUGUUCGGGCUGAGACACUAACUCAAGCUCUGUUGUAAAUUUGUGAAAACAAUGGACCAGAGUCUCACAUUAUUUGUAUCAGGUGUAUUAAAAAUCAUCUUAACCUCAAUACCUUACUCCAUUGAAUCCCAAUAUUUUCUUUCGAAUUCUAAAAGUAUCUUUUUGUUUUAUUUUAUUAAAAAAAUUUUGUGACUUACUAUUUUGUAGUAAACACUUGAGUGCUUCAAGCGCUUUCCCUAUUUUUUCUCUUUUUCUGUACAGAUUUAAGGUCAUGAUCAUUCCCUUUCAAGAUUACUUUUAUAUAAAAUGAAGAAAAGCUAUUAGAUGAUGACUACUAUAUUGUACUUAUUUGAAAGUGGUAUGACCACUUUGAAGUAUGUAUAAAAUGAGUUGAGACUUGGCCCUCCAUCCGAAGAAAUAACAGCCGUGAAAUUGCGACUUUUUCAAAUUACUAAUUUGCCCUCAAAGUUUUAUAUGAAAUAUCCCAGUAGUACAUGCAAUUUCUUCUGAUGGGAGGUCCAAGUCUCAACUUAUAAAAAUUAUAGAAUACUUGUACACAAAAUAUCUUGGAUAAUGUGAAAUAUUUUUAAAUUUAGUUGUUUGCCGUCUUGUUAAACAAUAUAUUCACAUUCUGUGUGCUUACUUAUCUGUUUGUAUGGAAUAUUGUGACCGUUUGUUGGCCAUUAGUGUUGACUUUUACCCAAGUACUUUCUGGCUUCCAAACUCCCUUCACAGUGAUUUGAAACCAAUCGUGAAUUGUAGAUACAGUAAAUCAUUCCUCAUCUACCUUAUUGUCCACACAGUCUGAAACUCAUAUUACCAUGUGUGUAUGCUAGGAAAGCCAACCUAGAAAUUAAUGAAAUUGUUCAAUAGAAAUUGGUGUUGUGAAUCAUGUUCUGUGUGAAUUUCAAUGUCCUUUAGGUAGCUCUUCGUGAUACAAAUGUUUUUAAAUAUUGGAACAAGGAAUAUUCCUAAAUUUAAUUUGAUUAAUUUUAUUUUUAUUUAAAUUUGGAGGUUAUUCUAAUCUAAUAUAAUUUUUACAACCAAAAUGUAACCACAAUAGUUCAGAACAAUCAUAGAAUAAGCAAAUAGUAGAACUGUAAGGACCUAAGAACCCCUCUAUGCCCAAUGUGACGAAUGGAUUAAAAUAAGAUUAAAAUAUAACUCUAUGUGUAGGCUACUCUUGAAAACAUAAAAUAAUUUUUCUAUUCCGUAAUUUUGGUAGGAUUCAUAAAAUACUAUUUAAUUGAAUACUGUGUCUUCUUUCAUACAUUUGAUUGUUAUUUUUGUAUUCAAUAAGUAUUGUAAAUUACAUAGAUAUUUAUUUUCCGUCGACUACUUUAUUAUAUUUUAUUUUAUUUUCAUUUGCACAUGUAUAUAUUUUGUAAUAUGCAUAUUUUCAAUUCUGCUUAUCGGUGAGGGGGUAAAAUUUAAAAAUGAAAUAAUAGCAAUAGAUUGUAUACAUCUAGUUUGGAUUGAGAGGGGUUUGAUUCAAAUAAUAAUUGCAUCUGUAUUUAAUUCUCAAUCCAACUUUUGUAACUUCUGUACUUUUUAAGGACUGCUAGUCCAUUCCAAAGUGGAUAACAUAUAUAAAUAUGUUGAACAUUUAUAGGACAACAUAUUGUAACAUCCUUAUUCUUUUCAAAUAAACCUUUCCUUCCGAGUUUUCUUGUGACUUAUGACUUCCUACAAUAUGGGGUAAAUUUCAAGUCCAGUAAAAGUAUAAUAUUUGUAAUUUUCAUAUUGUACAGUCCAAACAUUAAUUCUUCUGCUUAUUAUCUUCAUACAUAUGAUCAUCACUUGAACAUUCCUUUAAAUCUUCAUUAUUUUAGUUACAAUAAUGAAAUUAAAGUAUUUUGAAGGGACUUGAAAUCCUUCAGAUAAACAUACUUCCUCCAAAGCGACAUUAUUCUUUCUGUUUCAGUAGAGGAGUAGUGAUUCAGUAGGGAAAUUAUGAUUGAUGUGAACUAUCAUUCUCUUCUCUUUGAAAUGGCUGGCUCGAGUAUUGACUAUUCUUUUGAAUGAUCUCAUUAUCAAUUAUUAAGUAAUUUGAUGUCUAUGUAGAUUAAAGUUAUCUAGCUAUUGUGAGAUCUGUUAAAUCGAUUAUAUUACAUAUUCCAUGAAAACAUUCAAUAUUGUUGGAAAUCAAUUGUUUGUUCAUUAUAAUAUAAUAAGAGAGCAAUUCAUCUCUCUAUUGAGAAUUUUCAACAUCAGUGUGUCGAUGUUCUAUUAACCUGUACUAAUAGUUGUAGGUCUUCUUGAAUGUACAGUUUGUGUUUCACUCAUAAAAAAACUAAGUAUUAAAAUUACAUAGAAAUUAUGGUGCAUUAUUUAUUUGGAAGCAUUGCAAACAUAAUAAUAUGAAUAUAAUGAAAACUCAGAGAUGAUUCUAUUUAUUUGUUUUAUUUCAAAUAAUUUAUCUUGUAAAUAGUUAUGAUCCAUACUUACUAUUGUCCUAAAAUAUAAUUGGAAAAACCAUACACUGUUAAACAUCCUGAUUGCAGUAUCUUUUUUAUGUUGUGAUUUCAUAUUUUAUUUUACAUAUUCUGUAUAAUCUAUAUUGUUUAUUUGAGUGUUGAGAUUUUUCUUUAAAUUGUAUUUUGUAUAUUUCCAUCUGAUUAUAUUAUUAGUUAUAACUUGAUGUACUACAUACAGACGUUGUGUUUCUUUAACUGUUACUGUAGACUCUUGUUGGGAGAACCAACUGUAUUUUGUUCGGUGAUUAUAUGUGGAAAACUUUAUUAUUAAAUGAUAAGAUCAAGAUAUUGAAACUAUCAUAAAUAUAUAUACAUUUUCUAGGAUUACAUGAAACUGAUGUUAUUGUACCAAAGAGUACAAAUAUACACACGUUUUAUUAAUUCAAUGUAGUUUACCAGUGUCAGAUCGAAAAUAAAUUGUACAUUUUUAAUAAGUUGUCAA